CCAAUUUUCUUGGUCUGCGCCUGCAAAACCCAAUCUCUUACCUGAUUGAAUUGCCGGUUUCUGGGGGGGGGACUUUGGGGACUGAACCUUCUGAGCUCUCAUGGUGUUUACUUCUCACCAUCUAAUCUAAUCCAGAGAGUUAAGAAAUCGGACAUGGAAAAGGCCAAGGGAUGCCUGGAGCUAAACAAAGAAGAAGCAGAGAGCGUUUCACGGCUCACUAUUCAACCUCACAGAGUCGACUUCGAGGGCAGCUUCUACGAAGACUUCGCCGUACGUGGCAUCCGUGUAGAUAGGGUGGAGCCUGGCUUCGUUUCCUGCACCUUCAAGGUCCCUCCUCGCCUCACCGAUAAAACUGGAAAUUUAGCUACAGGUGCUGUUGUAAAUCUUGUCGAUGAAGUUGGAGCGACUAUUUUUCAGGUCGAAGGUCGUAGUCUUACGAUGAAUGUUUCAGUCGACAUGUCCAUCUCGUUUCUCGGAACUGCUAAGCUCAAUGAUGAGUUAGAGAUUAUCUCAAAGGUAUUAGGACGAAGAGGAGGUUAUGCAGGAGCAGUUGUUCUGGUUAGAAACAAAGAGACAGGGGAGUUGAUCGCCGAAGGUCGCCAUUCAAUGUUUGCUAAACAAGGUAGCAAACUCUAGUUCCAUUCCUUGUUUGUGCAAGAAAGGCCCCCAUUCCACUGGUGCUUUACCGCUGCUAUGUAUUAAACUGCUUUCUUUCAAGUAUAUUAGGUGAGAAAUGAGAAUACUUGAACCAAACACCUCCUAAGAACUAGUUAUGAUUUAUAUGGAUUUAUGUUUGACGUUGUAUAAAUUCUAUGUGACAUCAAUGAAUAAGACUUAAUCA